GAAGGCAAAGAUGAGGUCUUACAGGACAUAGAGAGACACUCUGAAAACGUUACAAUCAUUUUUGAUGGACUCACAGAUAUCUCUUCAUCAGUGGUGGAGAAACUUCUGAACAAAGACCUACUGCCGCUCGCAAAGAUCAUCAUAACAUGCAGACCAGAUGAUGAGGAUGAAGACUUGUUUUCUGGGGACUUUGACAGAGUGGAGGUGAAAGGCUUUAGUGAGCAGACUAUAAAAACAUACUUAUCUGCAACACUCGGUGAAGAUCAGAAGAAAGUUUUGAGUAACUUGGAGUUGGUAACUCUUUGUCAUGUCCCCAUGUAUGCACUGAUGGUGGCUGCUUGCUUUUCAUCAAAAGAUGCUCCACAGCCAUGUACAAUAACUGAGAUAUACAUCAAUAUUGUUCGAUUCUGCCUUCAGAUAAACAGCAAAAAAAAGAACAAAGAUCUAAAUUCCUUCAUCAAAACCAAGAGAGAAGAAAUUCUGUCUCUGGCUGAAGCUGCUUUUCUUGCAACUCAACAAAAAACUGUGAAUCUGACAAACCUGACCUGUAAAGACAUCUGUGUCCUGUCCUUCCUGAAACCACUUCUCAUUAAGGAGGCCGUGACUGAAACAAUAACCACACAUGCAUUCCUCCAUUACACAGUGCAGGAGUUUUUUGCAGCACUGUGGCUCCUGAAGAAUCCUGAUAAAGUCAGAGAUGUUUUUCAGCAGUGCCUCACAGAGGAGAAGAAACACAUGAAACAUCUGAUCCCCUUCAUGUGUCGAUUGUUGAAUGAGAAGAGCCCAAGUUUGAUGAAGCAUCUGAUUCCAGAUCAGGACCUGAAGAAUACAUCUAACUGGUUCUUCAAGGAGCUGAUUAACACAUUUCUUCCUCAUCUGUGUGAGCAAGAAGAGGCUGAUACUGAGGGCAGUGGGCUCCAUGUCGACAUACUGUUCUUAUGCCAGUGCUUGUAUGAGUCCCAGAGUCCUGAAGCAUGCGUCUACCUUCUAGACAAACUGGACUACCAUCUUGACCUCAGUGGAGACAGUCUGGAUCCUUACCCUUGCUGUGCUGUGGCCUAUGUGGUCACUCAGUCAAAGGAAAGGAAAAUAAGGCUGAACCUCGAGGACGUGAUCAUAUCAGAACAAGGAAUGAGACAGCUGUUUGAAUGCCUUGAAAAUGUUGAGUGGUAUAACCUUCUGCCUCAACAGCUUUGGAAAGCUUUCCUUCUCAGCGAAGAGCAGAUGGACUUCGUAACCUUACUUAGUCUUGAUGGAAAUCAUUUACACCUUCCAACUCAAGGUGAAAAGCAGCUGUUUGAAAGAGCUGUGGAAGUCAUGCAGUGGAUGUCUACAAAGGUUAAUGUCUGCCUCUACUGGAACAGAGAAACUCCUGCCUGCCAGAGUCUGUGUGAGUCUCUGUUAGAGGCUUUGCCAUUCAUCAGCUCACUCAGCUUCAGAUGUCCAGUUUUUUGGAGCCAUGAGAAAUACCAUGGGACACUGGAGAAGGAGCAGGAGAAUCUGUUCAUGGAUUUAUGCCUGAAAGCAGCACUUAAUAACGGAGCAAAGUUUUACAACGUUGCGAAGAAGCUUCUUUCAUUGUUUCUUGUUAAAACUGAGUUAGAAAACAUCCUUCUUGAUUUAUAUCAACAUAUUAAAAGCAGAGGAUUUUCAGUUAACUUUGAAACACUGAGGCCGUGUUUUCAGUCCACUCCUGCAGUCUGGUCCAUAAAUCUCUCAGAGAGAAAGACCUCCAGCCUCCUGGAAGUGCUGAAACUCCAACCAGAGAAGAAACAAGUGAAGCUGACAGGCUGCUCACAUGAAGAGAGUGAAGUGAGGAGUUUCCUGCAGUGUCUGCCUUAUAUCUCACAGCUCAGUGUUGACACUAGCUGUUCAGAUAAAGAAACCAGGUUCUUUGGGAAUCUGUUCUGUGCUGCAGCAGAGAGAGAACAGCAGACAGGAGAGGAGAUACUGGAGCUGUUAUCAUCAGUGUGCAUAUAUAAAACAUUCCCUCUGAAAUGGAAAUGGUGUGAUUUUCUCAUGGACCUGUACUCUUAUAAGACUAAAAAAGGCUUGAGUGUCCUUCCAUCAUUACAGUCAGUUUUCCAGUCAACUCCUGCCGUCUGGUCCAUAAACCUCUCAGAGAGAAAGACCUCCAUCCUCCUGGAAGUGCUGAAACUCCAACCAGAGAAGAAACAAGUGAAGCUGACAGGCUGCUCACAUGAAGAGAGUGAAGUGAGGAGUUUACUCCAGUGUCUGCCUUAUAUCUCACAGCUCAGUGUUAUUCCGUGGAAGUUAGAUGAAGAAAUCAGGUUCUUUGGGAGUGUGUUCUGUGCAGCAGCAGAGAGAGAGCAGCAGACAGGAGAGAAGAUACUGGAGCUGUUAUCAUCAGUGUGCAGAUACAAAGGAUUUCCUGUCAAACAGAAAUUGUGUGAUUUUCUUGUGGAUCUGUACUCUUAUGAGACCAAAACAGGAUCGAGUAUUCUUCAUUCAUUACAGUCAAUUUUCCAGUCAGCUCCUGCAGUCUUUUCCAUAAACCUCUCACAGAGAAAGACCUCCAUCCUCCUGGAAGUGCUGAAACUCCAACCAGAGAAGAAACAGGUGAAGCUGAUAGGCUGCUCACAUGAAGAGAGUGAAGUGAGGAAUUUCCUUGAAUGUCUGCCUUAUAUCUCAAAACUCAGUGUUGUUCCUUGGUGGUCAGAUCUUUAUGAAGGAACCAAAAGAACCUUGAUUAUUCUGUUCUGUGCAGCAGCAGAGAGAGAACAGCAGACAGGAGAAAAGAUACUGGAGCUGUUAUCAUCAGUGUGCACAUAUCAAACAUUCCCUUUUAAUGACAGAGACAUUUCUGAUGAAUAUCAGUGUGACUUCUUGUUGGAUCUGUACUCCCAUAUGAAGGCCUAUGAGUCUAAAACAGGCUUGAGUGUCCUUCCAUCAUUACAGUCAGUUUUCCAGUCAGCUCCUGCAGUCUGGUCCAUAAACCUCUCAGAGAGAAAGACCUCCAUCCUCCUGGAAGUGCUGAAACUCCAACCAGAGAAGAAACAAGUGGAGCUGAGAGGCUGCUCACAUGAAGAGAGUGAAGUGAGGAGUUUCCUUGAAUGUCUGCCUUAUAUCUCACAGCUCAGUGUUCAUCCUCCAGUAGAAUUUUAUAAAGAAAUCAGGUUCUUUGUGAAUCUGUUCUGUGCAGCAGCAGAGAGAGCGCAGCAGACAGGAGAGAAGAUACUGGAGCUGUUAUCAUCAGUGUGCAGCUUUGAAACAUUCCCUCUAAAUAACAGAGACAUGGGUGUUGAAGAAAAUGAAUAUCAGUCUGACUUCCUGCUGGAUCUGUACUCCCAUGUGAAGGACUGUGAGACUAAAACAGGCUUGAGUGUCCUUCCAUCAUUACAGUCAGUUUUCCAGUCAGCUCCUGCAGUCUGGUUCAUAAACCUCUCAGAGAGAAAGACCUCCAUCCUCCUGGAAGUGCUGAAACUCCAACCAGAGAAGAAACAAGUGAAGCUGAGAGGCUGCUCACAUGAAGAGAGUGAAGUGAGGAGUUUCCUGCAGUGUCUGCCUUACAUCUCACACCUCAGUGUUGAUCCUGAGAAUUCAGAUUUUUGUGAAGAAGCUAAGUUCUUUGGGAAUCUGUUCUGUGCAGCAGCAGAGAGAGAACAGCAGACAGCAGAGGAGAUACUGGAGCUGUUAUCAUCAGUGUGCACAUAUGAAAGAUUCCCUCUUAAAGAGAAAUGGUGUGAUUUUCUUAUGGACCUGUGCUCCUAUGAGACCAAAACAGGCGUGAGCAUCUUACCAUCAUUACAGUCAGUUUUCCAGUCAGCUCCUGCAGUCUGGUCCAUAAACCUCUCAGAGAGAAAGACCUCCAUCCUCCUGGAAGUGCUGAAACUCCAACCAGAGAAGAAACAAGUGGAGCUGACAGGCUGCUCACAUGAAGAGAGUGAAGUGAGGAGUUUCCUUCAGUGUCUGCCUUAUAUCUCACAGCUCAGUUUUUUUACUUUAUGGGCAGAUGAAGGAGGAAGGUUUUUUGGGAAUCUGUUCUGUGCAGCAGCAGAGAGAGAACAGCAGACAGGAGAGAAGAUACUGGAGCUGUUAUCAUCAGUGUGCGCAUAUCAAACAUUCCCUGUUAAUGACACACAUACAGAUCUUCAAUAUCAGUGUGAUUUCCUGCUGGAUCUGUGCUCCCAUGUGAAGGACUGUGAGACUAAAACAGGCUUGAGUGUCCUUCCAUCAUUACAGUCAGUUUUCCAGUCAGCUCCUGCAGUCUGGUUCAUAAACCUCUCAAUAAGAAAGACCUCCAUCCUCCUGGAAGUGCUGAAACUCCAACUAGAGAAGAAACAAGUGAAACUGACAGGCUGCUCACAUGAAGAGAGUGAAGUGAGGAGUUUCCUUGAAUGUCUGCCUUACAUCUCACAGCUCAGUGUUGCUUCUCGGAGGCAAGAUGAAGAAGUUGCAACCUUUGUGAAUCUGUUCUGUGCAGCAGCAGAGAGAGAACAGCAGACAGGAGAGAAGAUACUGGACCUGUUAUCAUCAGUGUGCAGAUAUGAACGAUUGCCCCUUAAAGAGAAUUGGUGUGACUUCCUCAUGGACCUGUACUCUUAUGAGACUAAAACAGGCUUGAGUGUCCUUCCAUCAUUACAGUCAGUUUUCCAGUCAGCUCCUGCAGUCUGGUCCAUAAAGCUCUCAGAGAGAAAGACCUCCAUCCUCCUGAAAGUGCUGAAACUCCAACCAGAGAAGAAACAGGUGGAGCUGACAGGCUGCUCACAUGAAGAGAGUGAAGUGAGGAGUUUCCUGCAGUGUCUGCCUUACAUCUCACACCUCAGUGCUGAUCCUGAGACGUCAGAUGAAGAAGCAGUCAGGUUCUUUGUGAAUCUGUUCUGUGCAGCAGCAGAGAGAGCGCAGCAGACAGGAGAGAAGAUACUGGAGCUGUUAUCAUCAGUGUGCAGAUAUCAAACAUUCCCGUUUAAUGAGAGAUACAUGGAUGAUGACUAUCAGUGUGAUUUCCUGCUAAAUCUGUACACCAAUGUGAAGGACUAUGAGACUAAAACAGGCUUGAGUGUCCUUCCAUCAUUACAGUCAGUUUUCCAGUCAGCUCCUGCAGUCUGGUCCAUAAACCUCUCAGAGAGAAAGACCUCCAUCCUCCUGGAAGUGCUGAAACUCCAACCAGAGAAGAAACAAGUGGAGCUGACAGGCUGCUCACAUGAAGAGAGUGAAGUGAGGAGUUUCCUGCAGUGUCUGCCUUAUAUCUCACAGCUCAGGCUUUCCAUCGACAUGUCCUUGCUCCUGUUUCAGUGGGUAAGAAGAGGCAGAGUGGUCUGUCCGCUGGCUGUGGAAGAGCUUUCUCUUGUGCCUAAGAAAGCUCGACCAUCACAGAGAGUGAUGUUGAGGGCUGUCAGUAGUUUGGCUUCCCUGCUGAGACACUGGACAGUCGAACGGUUGGACCUGACUGAGAGCUGCAUCCCUGCUCAGGGUCUGAUUACUCUGCUGCUCCAUGAUGGUCCUCUAACAGUCAAACUGAGUGAAGAGAGCUUCCAGCAGCUUCUGUGUCUCCUCCAUGAAAUCCAGGACAAGGACUUGACGCUGUCCUUCUUGAGUAAGGUUGGUGGAGACCUGACCUCCUGCUGUCUGAACUGGGAGCUUCUUCACUAUAUGCUGCAGCAGGCGUCAGCUCAGACCAUCACUGUGAACCUGAGGAAGAACCUCUUCUUACAGGAGGAAACCACACGUCUGCUUCCCUUUCUGGACAGGAUUGUGUUUAAAAGGCCCAGUCCCAGCUUUGUGAUGAGCUCCAUCAGAGAGCUCUACAGAGCUCAUGACAGUCACGCUGUGCCCAGUUUACUGAGGUCACUUGGUCAUGCGAUCAACCUGAGCUGCAGAGAGCUGGACUCAGUGGACUGUGCUGCUCUGAUCUUCAUCCUCAAACACGGAGACGGAGUCAAACUGAACCUCCUGUGGACCUCCAUACCAGCAGAGGGAGCAGAGUCCAUCCUCUUCAUGCUGGACAACGUUUCUCAUCUCAGUGUUGACAGGAAUCAGCUGCUGAGGUUCAUCCACUGCUGUGCUGCCUGUGACGUCCAGCAGGAGGCAGCGUCAGGCCUGCUGAGGACUCUGCAGCACAGCUUGGAUCUGUCCUGCUCCUCCUGUGUGGAGCUACUAGAGGAGGAUCAGCCUGAGCCUCUGAGUCUGACUGCUGAUGACUGCAGGGCCAUCUCCACCAUCCUGACACACAGCAGCCGGGACACACAGCUCGACCUGCGAGACUGUGAGGUGGAGGACAGCGUGCUGGACCUGCUGUUUCCUGUUCUCCACAGGGUCCACCUCAGAGUCAGUAAAACUGUCCUCCUCCAGCUGCUGUCUCUGGUUCCUGUGAACAGUGAGAGGGACACAGUGAGGCGGGUGGUGUCCCUGUGUAGAGCCCUGGGUGGAGAGCUGGAUCUCAGUCACAGCACGCUGGAUCAGAGGGCCUGUGGGGCUUUGGUCCAGAUGCUGGACUCGUGUGAAGGGCUGACAGAGCUGGACCUCAGUCACUGUCAGCUCACUGACCAGCUGCUGCUCCCUCUCAUCACACAUCUGCACAAAGUCCAAGUCCUGGAUCUGAGUCACAAUCAGAUCACUGAUGCUUCGACUGAUGUGUUACUGCAGCUGCUCUCCAUCAACCCCUCCAUCGACUGUGUGCGACUCUACAGCAACAACAUCGUGCACAAAGCAGCCUUCAAGGAACACAAGCAGUGUGAGAUCUGGUGAAGCACUCGUCACCAUCAUCAUCAUCAUCAUGAUGAACAUCAUCAUUAUCUGGGAUUCACUGGUUUCCUCUGUUCUUGUCGUCAUUACAUGAAAAUAUUGGGUGGAGUGGGAGCACUGAUACUGUGUUCAUGGACUCAGUGUAAUGUUGUAGUGUACGACACAUUGACAUUAGAUCAGAUGGGUUUUGAAGACCAUCUUGAUUUUUUUUCUUUUUUCUACAAUGACUUGAAGACAGUUUAUAUGGAGACAACGAGCAGCCAACAGUGUUUGUUUCAAUUACUCACUGUUGCUUUUGUUUCUGAGCUACUGCAGAUUUUUCUUUGAUGAAGGUCAGAUGUCUAACUGGUCAUGUGAUGAUGUAACAGUCCUGGGUCUUGGACCCACAAUUUUGAGUUUUGCAUUCUCGGUCUAAUCUUUUGGAUUUCAAGUCUUUAUUUCCCCAUGCAGUUACUUCCUGUUUUAUUUUGAUAGUCAUUUGUCUGUGUUCCUUUUGUUUGCUUGUCCUGAUUGGUUUCAGCUGUGUCUCAUUCCCUUAAUCUGCCCACUUUUCUAUUUACCUGUUAAACCUGAGAGUCCUGCAUACUGGCCUUGCUGAAACUUGCCAGAUGAUCAUCUUGAUGUUUACACAUCUGAUAUUUCUGUAAUAAUUGUGAUUCUGUUAUUUUAUUAUUGAGACAAAACACAGAAGCCAUCACCAUUUAUCAGUGCAGUGAGUCGGUCAUAUUUAUUAUUUGUACUUUUGUGAUAAUGGUAUUUAUUCUGGUCUACAUGCUUCAACAGGACAAAGUAGAGAGACUCUAUAAUGAUGUCUCAGAUUAACGAUGCAAUAAGUGAGCAAUCAGGAUAAAACCGUGUUUGGUACUUUAACAUAACUGGAAGAAAUGAUCAUAAACAUGUAAAUCAUUUUUAGUUUGUAUUUCAUGUUAAGAGAUACAUGUGAUAAUGAUCAUUUUCUGUCCUCUUUCUGUCUCAUUUAUAAUGGGGGGUGGCUGUAGCUCGGGGUAGAGCAGGUCAACUACUAAUAUAAAGGUUGCUGGUUUGAUCCCUGGCUGCUCCAGCCUGCAUGUCAGAUGUCCUCAGGCAAAAUGCUAACCCCAAGUUAAGCACAGAGAAAGUGCCUGUAUGAAUGUGUGGAUGAGGCAUGUUGUGUAAAGUGCUUUGAG